AUGCCUUCAUUAUUACAAAUUGAAAACUAUAAAUCUUUAUGCCCUAUUGCUGCACAUAAUAGAAUUAAAAAAUUAAGAUGUGCUGUAAAAAACAAUCCCCUUGGGCAAAUUAAUAUGAGAGACGCACGAGUCGAAGAAGUUGAGCAUGUUUCUGAUUCAGAUUCUGAAGAACGAGAUGACGCUGAUUCUAACCAGGCUCAGUUAACUGUUGCCAUUUAUCCCGCUAACACAGGGCCGACAUAUUUAAUAUUAAACAGCAAACAGGACCGAGAUAAUUGGUUAUAUCAUUUAACUGUGGUAUCGGGUGCAGGGUCGACUGCAGGUACCCAAUAUGAGCAACUAAUACAAAAAUUGAUGGAAACUGAUGGUAAUCCAAAUUGUGUGCUAUGGAGGCAUCCUACAUUGUUAUAUUCUAAAGAUCCAAUUGUUUCGCCACUGUCUUCACUAAAUUCAGAAAAUUUGCAAGCUGAAGCUGUUAAACUUUUCAAAAGUUGUCAAUUAUUCAUGUCAGUUGCUGUUAACCAACCCGGUAUAGAUUACCACGUAGUUUUGGCACAAAAUGCACUUCAGCAAUGUUUGGAUAUACCAGAGCUUCAGUCUGAAUUAUAUUGCGCUUUAAUUAAGCAAACUUCACGAUAUUCUGGGCAGAAAUUUGGAGUAGGAAUUCAAGUAAACAAGAAAUUGGGCAGGCAAACUCGUGUAAGUUUGUAA